AUAAACUACCUUUAGGCAUGAUGGUAGUUAUUGCCCAUUAUUGUACUAUACGGGAUUACCGUUCUAUCGGCAAUGUUGCGUCUCGUUCUAUCUUGUGUUUUGGUUUCCGCCGCUUUCAGCGCCUGCCCGGCGGACUGGAGUUCCGUUGACAACCAUUGCUACAUGAUUAGCCAUGCUAAACUGUCGUGGCCUGAGGCUGCCGAAAUGUGUGAAGCGCUACAUGGAACUUUAGCAACCUUUGAAAACAGAGCAGACAUCAGUGCUAUUGCUUUCCAGCUUCAUGGAGACAUACGAGACGAGAAAAUUUGGGUGGAUGGAACUGAUUCAGUACGGGAGGGACACUGGAUCUGGGCUUCUAACGGACAUGACGUAAUUUCCUCCUUCUCGGGUCGCGUUUCCAAUAACGACAAGGACAAGAACUGCCUAAGUAUGGAUUCGGACCAUCACUUCCAAUGGUAUGCAGAGAGCUGUCACAGCGAGGCUUACUACAUCUGCGAGAAACUCAACGUCAACUCCGGUGGCUCAACAGUGGUUGGAUAACACAAAAAUCAACCAACUCAACGGCAAUGCUAUUGUACGAAUUCAAACAUCAAUGAUAAAUUUAGAUGUUGA